AUGAAAGACGUGGAAGGUAAAGUGAGACGAACAAGGAAUUUCAAGAGGCUAGCAGUUGUUGGGGUGUUGUUUGGUAUUCUAAUAUGGGGGUCAUCAUUCUUGGUUUCGUCUAUUAACCAUUUUCUCAAAACUUUGGAAACCAAAUCCUACCAUGAUAUUCAUUUCCAUGCACAAGAGCUUGAAUCGGAAUUGAAUGGAGCAAUAUUUGCCACCCCUUCGAAUAAACCGACCGAAUUUGGGGGCAGGAUUCCCUUGAAUAAAAAAGUGUUUGAUGAGCAUAUUUUGACAACAAAACAACAUCAAAUACAAUGGAUCAGGUCACCGUCGUCAAUUGAUAAUGAUAGGGGCACUUAUGUGAUCAAGAAUGACACAAAGGAUGAUGAAUUUGAGGUUGUAAUCAAAUCAGUUGCCGAUGAAGAAUACAACCAAGUCUUAAUUGAGAAAUCGCGAUUUCAAUACAAGGAUGUAAAUUACAAUGUAGAGGACUUUAUUGCUUCACCAGACUUGAAAAAAGUAAUUCUUAAAUCCAAUGUGACAUCUCAGUGGAGACACUCUUCAGUUGGUCUCUAUUGGAUACUCGAUGUUGAGACACAGCAAGUGGAGCCUAUUUUCAAGGACAAAAUUUCCACCGUAUCAUGGUCUCCGGACUCAUUGAAGGUUGCAUUUGUCUACAACAAUGACAUCUUCUUGCAUCACAUAUCACAGAAAGAAGCUGUACAAGUUACAAACGAUGGUUCAGCUGAAAUAUUUAAUGGAAAACCAGAUUGGGUUUACGAAGAGGAAGUGUUUGCAAGUGAUGUUGUUUUGUGGUGGUCUCCAGCGGGUGACAAAUUUGCAUUUUUAAAGUCCAACAAUUCACAAGUACCGGAAUUCAUCAUACCAUUUUACGCACAAAAUAAUUUCGAGGAUUACCCCGAAAUUGUUAAAAUCAAAUAUCCAAAAGCGGGCUAUCCAAAUCCAAUAGUUGAUAUUUGGACUUAUGAUUUGAAUGAGGGCGAAACUAGGAAACAUGAUUUGAAAUCGGAAAAGAUUGAGUUGUCUGAGAGGUUGAUCACUGAAGUUGUUUGGGUAGGAGAUGAAGUCUUGAUAAAGACAUCCAAUCGUGCUAGUGAUUUGCUUGAGAUUCAUCUCAUUGGAAAAGAAUCGAAAUUGAUAAGAUCACACACGGCUGACACUUCUUGGUUUGAAAUAACGUCUCAUACGUUAUUUGUACCCAAAAACAAAACGGCUGGGCGCCAACAUGAUGGUUACGUUGAUACUAUUGUUGAAAAUGGAUUCAAUCACUUGGCUUAUUUCUCCCCACCCGAUAGCUCAGAGUAUCAGUUAUUGACAAAGGGUAAUUGGGAGGUGGUUGGUGGUGUUGGUGCUUUUGAUUACAACACAAAUACCAUUUACUUUACCAGCACCCGCAAAUCCUCCAUUGAAAGACACAUUCACUCGAUUAAUUUGUUGGAUAGAUCAGAUGAUGGACUUCCGUAUAUCAGAGAUAUUACCUCCAAUGACGGCUACUACUCGUCUUCAUUUUCAUCUGGCGCUAGAUUUUUAUUUUUGUCAAUAUUAGGUCCCGAUGUGCCCAAACAGCAAAUUAAUGAUUUAAAAUUGGAAAAGAAGGUGAAGGUAAUUGAAGAUAAUGCCGAGUUGAGGGAAAAAUUGAGGAAAUAUGUGGUUCCUGAAGUUAAAUACAGCACUGUUGAGUUGAAGGAUGAACAAGGUGGAACUUUUUUAGCAAAUGCUGUUGAAGUUUUACCGUUGAAAUUUGAUAAGAACAAAAAGUACCCAGUUCUUUUCCAAAUUUAUGGUGGUCCAGGAUCGCAAAUGGUUGACAAAAGGUGGGCGAUUUCAUUUAAUUCGUUGGUAGCAGCCGAAUUGGAUGCAAUUGUCGUCACUGUUGAUGGAAGAGGUACCGGAUACAACAACUUGAAUCGCGAGUUGGGCUCCAAAUUUAAAUUUAUUGUGAGAGACCAAUUGGGCAAGUAUGAGCCACGGGAUUUAAUUUCGGCUGCUAAUAUAUGGGCAGAAAAAUCAUACGUUGAUCGUGAGAGAAUCGCCAUUUGGGGUUGGUCAUAUGGAGGAUUCUUGACGUUAAAAACAAUAGAAACUGACAUCGAAAAUCCUAUCUUCAACUAUGGUGUUGCCAUUGCCCCAGUCACGAAAUGGAAAUUAUACGAUUCAAUCUAUACUGAGAGAUAUUUGAGAACACCACAAGAAAACCCCCGAGGUUACGAAACUGGAUCAAUUCACAAUGCGACAAACUUUAAACACGCGAAAAAGUUUUUCAUUGGACAUGGUAGUGGUGAUGACAAUGUUCAUGUACAACAUUCUUUGCAAUUGUUGGAUGAGUUUAAUUUGGCCGAGGUUGAAAAUUUUGAAUUUAUGAUUUUCCCUGAUUCAAACCAUGGUAUGACGUAUCAUAAUGGACAAAAAGUAGUUUAUGACAGGAUUUUGGAUUUCUUCAAAAGAGCAUUCAAUUAUGAGCUCGAUUAG